GAAGCCAAGAGAUGGUGGCACCUGCGUGCUGGCAACCGGUGGCAGAGGUCCCAGGCCAUCUCCCCUGCCCUGAGGGCAGGCAUGUAGCCAGGGUCAAGCGCUGUUCAUCCAGCAUCAUGGGGCUGUGGAGGUGCCUCAGCCCCUGUGAGAGGUGGCCAGUGUGGGUGUCAUGGAGCAGCCUAGAGUGGCAUGAGAGCAGAAGGCACCACAGCUGUGACAAGAGCUUGUUCUUCUUGUCCUGGCAGCUCCAGGCUGCAGUGGGCGAUGAGCACCAGCAGCCAGGCUGGGGCCUGCAGGAAGCCUGACCUUGCUUACAGUGGCCCCCAGCUCACUGUGAGGGUUGGGUGGGCAUCUCCCAGCAGCUCCAGGUCCCUGGCUCAGCUAACUGCCUCAUCCACAGGCUCGCUCUCAAGCCAUGCCAUGAAAUGGACUGUUUCACUGCAGCAUCCCAUUUCCCAGCACUGACACACCAAGCUUACUGUCCUGGUAGGGGGGGCCAAGCACCAGGAAACACCCUGGCUCACUGCAGUGGGCAGCGUGGUGCUGAGCACAGAGGCUCCACAAGGUGCUCCUGGCUCUCUCAAUUUCUCCCUCUCUGGGGAGAAUCACAAGCUCCAGGAUGCUGUGUGGAGAGAGGCUCAGCAUCCCACACCGACUGCCUCUAGCAAACCUGUGGUGGGGGAGAAGCUUCUCCGGGAAGAAAAGGGGCUCACUGGGGAGAGGCUUAUGGGCACUCCAUUCCCUAUCAGGGGUUCAUGGCUGCUGGGUCCUGAUCUCCCCUGGCCAGGACCCUGCUGCAGUCCCACGGACCGGACACCACUCACCACCCUGCUCUGAGCACCUCCAGUGCAUUCUAUUGACAUACCAGCUCCCUCUCCCAGUACCCAGCUCACUCACUGGUGACACUGGGGAGCAGAGGCUGGGCAGGUGACUGGCCACAGGCCUUCAGCCCACAACAGAUGUGGGCUGGCAACAACCAAGGGCCAGGAGCUGGGCGGAUGUGUCUCCCACAGGGACAUCAUCACCCCCUCCUGAGCAGCCAAGUUUGCUUUAAAGACCCUGGCUUCCUUUUAUUGCUUCCCCUCUCAGAUUGCAGUGGCUGCAAGGGUUAUUUUUAGAAGGUGGGCUGCUAAAAAUAGCCCCGAGCUGUUUGGAGUUGCGUCACAGAGGUAACUCUCUCCAUGCCCCUGCACCCCAGGAGGGUACAAAAGGAGGCCGGGAGCAGCGGGGUCAGCAGGUUCAGACGCAGCCAGAGGCGACGGAGGCAGUGGAUACGCUCCCAGCUUCAGGCAUCCCCACCAGCACCAUGACCAUCUUCUGCAGCCACUGCCACAGGCCGCUGCAGGCAGAGACCGGCUGCCUGCCCAGGGUGGAAAAGCAGGUGCCCAGUGCAUCGAAGCCAUUCCGGUGAGCUCCUGAUGUCCCUGGUCUAUGCGGCUGUGAUGACUGGAGAGCCCUGGGCCAACUCGUUUGAUGCCCAAUGGCCCUUGCAAGGGGCUGGAGCAUGGGGACCAGGGGCGGGAUCUUGGAGGGGCAGGGAGAUCUAAGGGGGUUGUAUUAAGGCAGAUGUGAUGGUCUGGGGCUCACGUUCUGGCACUGGAUGUAGUUUUGGUCCUUGUGGGAUUCAAUUGGGGUGUCCUGUCACUCAGGCUCCCCCCUCAAAGCAUAGAUCAUUGUCCUACCUGGCCCCAGUGAGAGGGACACUGGCCACACCAGCAGCGUGUACCCCAGAGCCGUGAGCACCUCCGCCUGUGUCCACAGUGCUGAACCGCCACAGAGGGGUCACUCCCACAGAGGCAGCUGGCAUGGGCACUGAGCUUCUCUAGGAGAGCAUCUCCACUCCGUGUCCCCAAGCAUGCAGCUCUCCCCACAACAGUGGGCAGGGAAUGCUGUUCCUCUCCCUCUCUGGACGUGUCUCUCCAGAUGGAGAGGUCAACCAAGAGUGCUUUGCAGGUCAACCAAAGGUGCCUCCAAGGCUCGCCGGGACCAGAUCAAUGUGGAGCUGCAGGCGCUGCGCUCCCUGCUGCCCAUCUCCGUGCGGGAGAAGGAGCGGCUGUCCUACCUCCACACCAUGGCCCUGGUGUGCCUCCGGCUGCGGGGAGCUCAGCUAUUCCCUCCAGGUACGGUGACACGGCUCUGCACGGGUCACUGCUCCUGUCACAGGACAGCACUUCACCCCACGCUCCUCUUGCAGACUCGACUCCUUGUACUGCACCAGUCCUUAGCACGGAGCUGCUCUCCCUGCUGCCGGGGUUUCUGCUUGUGCUCUUGGCUGAUGGCAAGCUGGUCUAUAUCUCGGAGAAUGUGGCUCAGGUCUUGGGCCUCUCCAUGGUGGAGCUUCUUGCCCAUGGGGACACAGUCUUUGACAUCCUGGAUGGGCAAGCGUGUGAGGAGGCUCGCAAGAAGCUCCUGCUCGCCUGGGAGGAGCCCGGCAGGGAAGUCACCUUUGUCAGCGAGAUGCGCACUUCCAAGGCUUUCCGGAUGCAGCACGGGGGGAACCGGGCUGUGGCAGUGUGUGGGCGCUUCAUGGCCCCACGCUGGCCACCUUCCCCCUCCAGCAUGGCCUUCCUAGCCCUCUGCACACCGGUUGCACAGUUCCCUGCAGACAGCAGUGCUGGUUCCCAGGAUGACCUAUUCCAGAGCACACACUUCCUAGACAUGACAUUUGCCGAUGUCACGGAGAGUGUCACCUACCACCUUGGCUACUGCAGGGAGGAACUGAUUGGUCAGUCCUGGUACAGCCUCCUGCAUCCUGAGGACACGGACCGAGCGGCUGCCCAGCACAGGGCUGUAGCUCCGGGCGGCGGCGGGUGUGCCCCGGCCGUGCUGCGGGUGCUGCGCAGAGACGGGCGCUGGGCCUGGCUGCGGGUGUGCGCGCGGCGGGACGGCGGCGCCAUCGUCUGCAGCAGCCGCUGCCUCAGGGACGAGGAGGCGGCGUUCCUGCUCGCUCGGCAGCGCCGCCCCGCGCCGCCCGCCGCCCCGGAGCUGAGCCUGCUGGCCGCGCAGCUUCGUGCGCUGGCGGACAGCCUCGCACCGCCGCCCGCCGCCCCUGGGACCAGGACCUUCCCGCACCACGGCGACAUCUCCGCCCUCACCAGCCAAUAAACGACCCUCCACCUCCUCCCACCUGUCGGUCACUGCCGCACCGGACAAUAAGGGCUUUAUCCCGCCCCCCUGCACGCACCAGCCAAUAAGCGCCCUGUCCACCUCCCUCAUUGCGCUCGUCGGCCAAUAAGCGCUUUUCCCCGCCUUCCUGCCGCGUCAGCCAAUAAGCGCCCUGUCCGCCUGUCUCCUUGAGCGUGUCGACCAAUAAGCGCUUUUCCCCGCCCUCUGCAUUCACCAGCCCAUAAGCGCUUUGCCCCGCCUGUCAGUCGCUGCCGGCGCCAGCCAAUAAGCGCCCUGCCCCGCCCCCUGUGCGCGAGAGUCCGCCAAUAAGCGCCUUGUCCGACCUGUCAGUGAAGGCGCGUGCAGGCCAAUAAGCGCUUUGCCCCCCCCCCGUGUGCAUCAGGCCAAUAAGAGCCUUGCCCCGCCCCUCUGCCCGCCCAAGCCAAUAAUCACCCUGCUCUGUCCGUCAGUCAUUGCCCUCGCCAGCCAGUAAGCGCUUUGCCCCGCACCCUGUGCGCGAAUGUCAGCCAAUAAGCGGCCUGUCCGCCUGCCUCAUUGCGCUCGUCGGGCAAGAGGCGCUUUGCCCCGCCCCCUGCGCGUCAGCCAAUAAGCACCCUGCUGUGUCCGUCAGUC